GGCGAAGCCGGCGUCAGGAUGACCGGCGCGUGCGGCCCACGCCGCAGCCGGAAGUGCCCGGGACGUCGUCCCUCGGGAGACGGGCGCAGCGGUGUCCGCGGGGUGGCCCGGCCCACGCACGCACGAGCCUGGCCGCGCUGGCGCGCACGCGCGGGCGGCCGCGCCGCGGGAAGGUACUCUCGUGUCUCCAUGGCGACCGGACGCGGGCGGAUGCUGCGGCCGGGAUGUGUGGGCCUCCAGGCGCUGCGCGGGUCCCUUCGCGGUGGCGCCGCCGCCUGGGCCAGCGCGGGGGCGGCCGCGGGGCGGCCCGGGUUCAGGAAGGGUGCUGGGGUUAAAUUUGCUAGAGGCCCGCCCGUCUUAAAGCAGUAUACCAGGCAUGGCCAACACAAGGAGAAGUCUCCCAUCUGUCUUGUAUGCCUGGACAGAAUGCCCACCGAAGUCUUGCUGAAUAUAUUUUCCUACUUGGAUGCUGUGAGCUUGCUGUGCACGGGAUGUGUGAGCAGACGCCUUUAUCACUUGGCCAGUGACAAUCUUAUUUGGAUCAAAAUCUACUCAGCUGCCUUCUCACCGAGAAGGCCACACUGGAAAGUCAAUUCAGUGGAGGAGACAGCUACGUCUGUGAGUCUCCUGUCAGUUGAGGAUAAAGAAGCUGGGCACUGGAAGAAAGAAUAUAUUACGAAGCAGAUCUCGUGUGUGAAAGAAGCAUUAGCCCAAAUUGUCAAACCUGUCAACUCCUACACAGGUCUUCCUGUGAAAAUAAAAGAGGCUCUCAGAGUUUUCGGCCUACAUUUUGCAAUUAUAUUAAGAGAAAAGAGUGGAAAAGAACACAUCGUGCAGCACGUUGAUCUUUCCUUCAAUGACACAUCUGUCACCGUUGUGUGGUAUGACAAAAAUUGGCCACAUCUGACCACGUUGUCCACCCUGGAGCUGUGUGGUGUGACGCCAGUUUUUGCUGACCGGUAUAAACCCUUUGACCCCCGUGGACCACGAUGGCUGUCUUUAAUUGCAAAGUAUGAUCUGAGUCACUUAAGCAAGGCUGCCAUGGUUGGCUGUGAUAGACUUGUCCGGGCGUUCUGUCUAAAUCCUGGACUCCUGGUGGGGCUAUGGCAGAAGGAUGAUGGACUGGCUUUUGUCAUGGCAAAUCUUCAUUUUCAUCGCCUUGUGGAGAGAAGCACAUUAGGCUCAACCAUGCUCCCUUAUGUGCCGCCGCAUCCUCAGGGUCCCUUUGUGGACGACAGCCCGGACUAUGGGCUGCAAGGCUACCAGCUGCACAUCGACAUGCAUGGCGGCGGGACUUUCUACCUGUGCAGCACGCUCUACACUCUCUUCUCCAGCAAAGAGUGCAUUGAGAAUGGAUAUGCAAAGUUCAUGGUGAUAAAUUUAAACAAUAACAGAGAACACCUACCUCUUAUUGGAAAAGUUGGACUUACAUGGAGAACUACUAUUUUUGAUGGCUUUAUUGAGAGUUGCUCUUUCAUGGACCUGACGCUUCUGGAAGAGUACAGGAAGCCGUUUUGGUGUGUGAGUUCGCCAGUGUACCUGAGGUCUGCAGCCCACCCCUCUGACGGCCCUCAUUUCCUGGGGCACACUUACUAUGUGGACUACAUGGACUCAGAAGGAGGCGUGCACGUGGAGCUGGUAUGGAUCGAGGAGACAGAAGAAUACUUCAUUGUCAGCCUGGUCCUUUACCUCAGUGUAGCAAAAAUAAACCAUUGGUUUGGGACGAAAUACUGAGUUUAGCAGUAAGUGGCAAAGUCCUGUUACUAGUAAGCUGUUUAUUUUUUACAACUUUGUUUUAUUGAAAGUUAAAAUAAAGCAUAUCCAUGGC